AUGAGAAUGAUAGCAGCUGCAUUCCCUUGUAGUGCAAAUACAACAAUGACUACUGGGGCCACUUCGGCCAGUAAUUGUUCUGUUCAGUUUUGUAACUCGGGCUCAGACCGGAACAAUAUGAGUGUUCCUUGUACUCCUUGCCCAGAAGGAUUUUACAGAAUGCUAAAUAUGUCCAAUCCUUUUGCUGAAUGCUCUCAGUGUCCAGAAAAUUUCACAACAUCUGGUGAAGGAGGUUCUUCUUGCCCAUUACUUUAUUGCCGUUUUGCUGGAUAUGAAAUUGGGCCUUCAAGAAAUUCUUGUAUUGCCUGUGCAAAAGGAUUUUACAAGAACAAUACUGCAAGAAUUCUUGAAAAGUGUAGUCCAUGUCCCCAGGAUUUUACAACUACCAUAACUGAAGGAGCUACUAAUAUCAGUCAGUGUGACUUAAGAAUCUGUUCAGCUGGUCAAUUCAGAGACAAUGUAAGUAACACAUGCAAGGAUUGUCAUCAAGGUUAUUAUCAACCAAAUAUCACCACAGGUAACUGCCUGAAAUGUGCAGCCAACUAUACAACCCUAGCAUCAGGAUCCAAAAAUGAAUCUGACUGCAUAUUUUAUUGCCGUUUUGCUGGAUAUGAAAUUGGACCUUCAGGAAAUUCUUGUAUUGCCUGUGCAAAAGGAUUUUACAAGAACAAUACUGCAGGAAUUCUUGAAAAGUGUAGUCCAUGUCCCCAGAAUUUUACAACUACCAUAACUGAAGGAGCUACUAAUAUCAGUCAAUGUGACUUAAGAAUCUGUUCAGCUGGUCAAUUCAGAGACAAUGUAAGUAACACAUGCAAGGAUUGUCAUCAAGGUUAUUAUCAACCAAAUAUCACCACAGGUAACUGCCUGAAAUGUGCAGCCAACUAUACAACCCUAGCAUCAGGAUCCAAAAAUGAAUCUGACUGCAUAUUUUAUUGCCAUUUUGCUGGAUAUGAAAUUGGACCUUCAGGAAAUUCUUGUAUUGCCUGUGCAAAAGGAUUUUACAAGAACAAUACUGCAGGAAUUCUUGAAAAGUGUAGUCCAUGUCCCCAGAAUUUUACAACUUCUGUAACUGAAGGAGCUACUAAUAUCAGUCAAUGUGACUUAAGGGAUUGUCCAGAAGGUACAUUUAUAAAUGGAGACAAUUGCACUUUGUGUCCAAAUGCCACCUAUCAACCUGAAAGGAGUAAAUACAAGUGUGAGUUAUGUGGAAACAACACCUUCACUUCUCGUUUAGGAGCCACUGAAAAAAAGGAAUGCCAAUUGAUUUGCCUAGCAGGUUUUGAGGGACAAGAUAAAUGUAUACCAUGCAAAAUUGAUUACUUUAAACCAACUGCUGGCCCAAUAUCUUGCAGAAAGUGUCCAAUGCAUUUCCUGGCCAAUAAUAUCCGAACAAUUUGCAACAUCUUUAGUUGCGAAAAAGGUUUCUACAAUGUCACUAAUAGUUCUUGUGAUCCUUGUGCCAUUGGGGAAUAUAAAAACCAAUCUGGAAACUUUCCUUGUUCACCAUGUCCUGAUCCCACGUUUACUACAGCUAGUAAUGGAAGUGGAACUGUUCAACAAUGCAACGUUGUGAAUUGUCAACCUGGCAAUGAAUUCAACAAGGCCACAAAUACAUGUGUUGCUUGUCCAAUUGGAACCUACCAAAAUAAGACCGGUGAUCAUCCCUGUGAGACUUGUCCUAAAAAUUUCAUAACUGCUACAGUAGGAGUUAGUAAUAUAUUUGAUUGUUCUGUUUUACAUUGCUCACCAGGUUACUACAAUCAGAGUACAGAUUCAUGUAGACCAUGUGCAAAAGGAACAUUCAAGUCUCAGUCUGGAAAUACACCAUGUAAAAGUUGUUCUAACCCAGCCUACACAACACCAUUAACAGGCAGUACCAGUGACAUUAAUUGUACUGUAGUGAAUUGUCAACCUGGCUAUAGAUUCAACAACACGGCAGAUACAUGCGUUGCUUGUCCAAUUGGAACUUACCAAAAUAAAAUUGGUGAUCAUCCCUGUGAGGAUUGUCCUAAACAUUUCAUAACUGCAACAGAAGGAACUAGUAAUAUAUCUGAUUGUUCUGUUUGUAAAAUGAGUCACAUUUUUCAUUUCCUUUGUAUUCAAUCUCUUUAUCUGUUCAUAUCUACUUCUCUCUUUUGUUUAUCUCUCUCUCUCUCUCUGUUCAUAUCUACCUCUCUCCACAUUCUCACUCACUCUGUUCAUAUCUACCUCUCUUUUCAUUCUCUUUCUCUGUUCAUAUCUACCUCCCUCUUUGUCUCCUCUGUUCAUAUCUACCUCUCUCUCUUUGUCUCCUCUGUUCAUAUCUACCUCUCUCUCUUUGUCUCCUCUGUUCAUAUAUCUACCUCUCUCUUUUCUCUCCUCUGUUCAUAUCUACCUCUCUCUCUUUGUCUCCUCUGUUCAUAUCUACCUCUCUCUCUUUGUCUCCUCUGUUCAUAUCUACCUCUCUCUCUUUGUCUCCUCUGUUCAUAUCUACCUCUCUCUCUUUGUCUCCUCUGUUCAUAUCUACCUCUCUCUCUUUGUCUCCUCUCUGUUCCUCUGUUCAUCUACCUCUCUCUUUUUGUCUCCUCUGUUCAUAUCUACCUCUCUCUUUUUGUCUCCUCUGUUCAUAUCUACCUCUCUCUCUUUGUCUCCUCUGUUCAUAUCUACCUCUCUCUCUUUGUCUCCUCUGUUCAUAUCUACCUCUCUCUCUUUGUCUCCUCUGUUCAUAUCUACCUUUGUUCUAAUCCAGCCUACACAACACCAUUAACAGGCAGUACCAGUGACGUUAAUUGUACUGUAGUGAAUUGUCAAACCGGCUAUAGAUUCAAUAACACGGCAGAUACAUGCGUUGCUUGUCCAAUUGGAACUUACCAAAAUAAAAUUGGUGAUCAUCCCUGUGAAGAUUGUCCUAGAAAUUUCAUAACUGCAACAGAAGGAAUUAGUAAUAUAUCUGAUUGUUCUGUUUUGAAUUGUCAACCCGGCUAUAGAUUCAAUAACACGGCAGAUACAUGCGUUGCUUGUCCAAUUGGAACUUACCAAAAUAAAAUUGGUGAUCAUCCCUGUGAGGAUUGUCCUAAAAAUUUCAUAACUGCAACAGAAGGAACUAGUAAUAUAUCUGAUUGUUCUGUUUUGCAUUGCUUACCAGGUUAUUACAAUCAAAGUGCAUCAUUGUGCAAACUCUGUGAAAAAGGAACAUUCAAGUCUCAGUCUGGAAAUACACCAUGUAAAAGUUGUUCUAAUCCAGCCUACACAACACCAUUAACAGGCAGUACCAGUGACGUUAAUUGUACUAUAGUGAAUUGUCAACCCGGCUAUAGAUUCAAUAAUACGGCAGAUGCAUGCGUUGCUUGUCCAUUUGGAACUUACCAAAAUAAAAUUGGUGAACAUCCCUGCAAGACUUGUCCUGAAAAUUUGUUAACUGCAACAGAAGGAGUUGGUAAUAUAUCUGAUUGUUCUGUUUUUAAUUGCUCACCUGGUUAUGAAUUUGAUGAGAAUACAAAUCAAUGUAUUAAGUGUGCUAAAGGAACAUACCAACCAGACACUGGUAAUACUACUUGCCUCUCUUGUAGAACCAACUUCACAACUUUUCGAAAUGGAUCUACAAAGCAAUCUGACUGUCUGUUGCUAACCAAUAAUUCUGCCAGUGAGGCUGUUGUCGUCACCAUCUCAUUUGAUUAUUCGUUUUCCAACUGUGAAAGCAAUAAGAAUUUUUAUAAAAAUAAAUUUAACAUCAUAAUGAUGCAGAGGUUGAAAGAAAUGUCUAAAUCUGAUGCUACACUGUCUGGCUGCUCUGUUGAAAUUUCCUGUUCAUUUGCACUGGAGGUUUCUGGAGUAUGUGGACCUCCUGAUUCAAACACAUGGAUCUUUGUGGUGAUUGGAUGUCUAGCAGGAAUUCUGACCAUCGUUCUCAUAAUUGUUGCUAUCGUGUUACGUCUCAGAUACAAACGGCAGAAGAAAAAGAAAAAAUACGAGCAGUUUGAAGAAGAAUUAAAAUUUAACUAUCCAUUUUCUUUAUCUACACGCACUCCCUUUGGCCAUAGUUGGAAUAGAAAUACACAGUUGUGA